CUUGCAAUGACACCGGUAUAAUCAACCUCACCUGCACUUUCCCUUUUUCUUUUCUUUUUUCUUUUUACUUUUACUUCGAACUGACGGGAGAAAGGGAGAAAACGAAGCGACAAACACUUUCCAUCUGCAAGUUUUCGUGUGUCGGUCGCACUGGAGGGGAGGAAGCGAUGGCAGCCCCGGUGAAAGCAGCGCUGGCUCUCCUGGUUCUCACCGUGGCAACUGCCUUGUGCGCUGAGGUGGAGGAGCGUCUGGUGAACCACCUGUUGGCUCCAGAGCGCUACAACAAGCUGAUCAGACCAGCUGUCAACAAGAGCCAGCAGGUCACCAUCUAUAUCCAGGUGUCCCUGGCCCAGCUUAUCAGUGUGAACGAGAGGGAGCAGAUCAUGACCACAAACUGCUGGCUCACUCAGGUAUGGAAUGACUACAGGUUAAUGUGGGAUCCUGAAGAGUAUGAGGGCAUCAAGAAAAUCCGCCUCCCAUCACAACACAUCUGGUUGCCAGACAUCGUCCUCUAUAACAAUGCUGAUGGGACCUAUGAAGUCUCCUUCUACUCCAAUGCAGUUGUCUCCAACAAUGGUGAGGUGGCCUGGCUCCCACCAGCUAUAUACAAGUCAGCCUGCAAAAUUGAAGUUCGCGAUUUCCCCUUUGACCAGCAGAACUGCACCCUUAAGUUCCGCUCCUGGACCUACGACCACACUGAGAUCGAUCUCAUCCUCCUCAGUGAUUUUGCCAGUCGUGAUGACUUCAAACCCAGCGGUGAGUGGGAUAUUGUUUCGCUGCCUGGACGCAAGAACGAAGACCCUGAUGACAUCACGUACCUCGAUAUCACUUAUGACUUUAUCAUCAAGAGAAAGCCGCUGUUCUACACCAUCAAUCUGAUCAUCCCCUGCGUCCUGAUCACGUCGCUGGCUAUUCUGGUAUUCUACCUUCCGUCAGACUGUGGUGAGAAGAUGACACUGUGUAUCUCCGUCCUCCUGGCCCUAACUGUGUUUUUACUCCUGAUCUCAAAGAUUGUGCCACCUACGUCUUUAGCAGUGCCUCUCAUUGGGAAGUACCUGAUGUUUACCAUGGUGCUGGUCACCUUCUCUAUCGUCACCAGUGUUUGCGUGCUCAACGUGCACCAUCGCUCUCCCAGUACACACACCAUGCCUGCCUGGGUCAAGCGUGUGUUCCUGUACCAGCUCCCCGCCUAUCUCUUCAUGCGGCGACCCGGUAGCUCCAACAUCCGUGAGCGGUUCCGGAAAAAACACCAGCAGCGAUCUUACUCAGACCUGAAGCAGCGAGGGACGGACGGGUCACUUGCAUCCGGAGGGGCCGGGAGUUCCUCAGGAAUGGCAGAUUCAACCUCCUCCUUUUUUGUGAACGAGGAAUCGGCCAAGCGCUAUGGUUGGAAAGUCAGCGACCUGUCAGAGAACACAGAGUUCAGAAAGAGGAUGACGCUCAAGUGCAACAUUGACGUGGAGGAGGCGGUGGAUGGAGUGCGCUAUAUUGCUGAGAAGAUGAAGAGUGAGGAUGACGAUGAAGGGAUCAUUGAGGACUGGAAAUAUGUGGCAAUGGUGAUUGAUCGUCUCUUCCUGUGGAUCUUUGUGCUGGUGUGUGUGGUCGGGACGGUGGGCCUCUUCAUGCAGCCCCUGUUCCAGAGUUACAACACCCCCACUAUCGAUGAGCUGGACUAGAGCUGAAAUCUCAUACCUAAACUUUGAUCUGAACAUGAAACCCUGAACAUGAAAAGAACCUUGAUUCCCCCUCCCCUCCCCCCAGAAACAGAGCUCUGAAAACAUUUUGACACUUAAACUCACACCUUCGCCUCACACCGCACUGUCACUGAGUCCACCCCUUUCUCUUGCAUCUCGAAAAGCGAGAGAAAUGACUUAUGUGCUCUACCAUCUCCUCCCUUCCCUCCUUCUCUUACCCCCUUCAACCUCCGCUUCUCCUUUUUACUUCUGCUCUACUC